AUGGUCGUCUGCAUCGCCGUGGGCAUCUGCGCCGCCCUCAUCAUCUCUCUUAUCGGUCUCUGCACCGUCCUCAGCCAUCUAUCCUCCUCCUUCCCUACCCUCAACCCCGAUUGCUUCCUCGCCGAUCUUUUCACAGCCGAACUAUUCUCAAUCCUCUCCGGCCGUCAUAAGCCUCUCUCCGUCCGCACCAGCACCAGCACCAACACCCACUACCUCGCAGGAGCGUCACCUGCGCUUCCAGGAUGUCAGCUACAGAAAUAUUUGCGGCUCUUCAAUGCUGCCAAAUUUCAUAUCACGGUCAUUGGCAAUCACAACGAGCUGUGGAACAUCCGGGUCGAGGCCGCAUUUCUGUGCCGUCAUUUCUUGAAACGGACGGCUUUGUCAUCCGAGUCCAACUACGUGCACGACGUCUAUGUCCGCAACGGCGACGAAUGCUUCACGGUCAAAACGCCCACCAACAACUUCCGCGGCGAAAACAUCUUUUGCAACAAUACGGCUGGCAACAAUAUCGGGUCGUUUGGAAAUGGCCCCGUGCCUGUGAGGGUUUCCAAUGUGUAUUAUCGGAAUGUCACGCUGAUUGGUCCAGCCUCCGCCGGGAUCAUGCACAAGGCGUACAUCAUCAACAAUGGAUAUGUGACGAACGUCACUUACGAGGACUUCCGGAUGGAGUCCGCUGCGUACCCGAUUUCCAUCAACCCAUUCUGGUGUGGCAAAGGCGAUUGCGGAAACACCUAUGGAAACCUUACAUUCAGCAACAUAACAUACCGCAAUUUCAAAAUUUACGGCAAAAACGACAAACCCAGAGCGCUCGUCCAAAUGAAGUGCAUCAGCUCAACGCAAUCCCCCAUCGGCAAAAUUCAGUGCUCCAACAUCAAGCUCUGUAACGUCGACAGGAGUCAGGCGGUUGGGUAUGGCGCGGACGACGUUACCAAUGUUAGUGGUCAUACUACGAAUUGCAAGUAG